AUGGCUGCCAAACAGCAAAUUGGAGAAAAUUAUCCACCCGUUGUUGUUACCAAAACGGCGCCGGUUUACGCAAAAGUCUUGAACCCUCAACAAGUUCUCAGUCUGUCCAAUCUGGAUAGACAGUGUCCACUGCUCAUGUACCUAGUUUUAUUCUACAAGCCGUGUUUGGCUCUCCAAAAUCUGUCGCUUGAUUCGAUUUUUAGCAGCUUGAAGUCUGGGUUGGAGGAAACGUUGUCGUUUUGGUACCCGGCUGCAGGAAGGUUGAGGUUGAAUCCAUAUAAUGGUAAGCUUAACCUCUGGUGCAACAAUGGCGGUGCAGUUCUAGUUGAGGCAGUGAGCCAAGUCAAGAUUUCAGAGCUUGGAGAACUUUCUCAGUAUAAUGAAUUCUUUGAGAAGCUUGUGCAUAAGCCUGAAUUUCAUGGGGAUUUUUCUGAUAUGCCUCUCGUUGUUGCUCAGGUGACGAAGUUUGGUUGUGGAGGAUACUCAGUUGGGAUAGGCAUAAGCCACUCGUUGUUUGAUGGACCAGCCACUUACGAAUUUCUCUCUGCUUGGGCUUCUCAUUCCGCCAUUAUCAAACAAAAUAAUCAGCUCCAAAGCCCAGUGCACCAGAGAGGGAUUCUGGUGACCCAGAAAAACAUCCCCAACUUGUCCAUUCCGGCGACGACUAGAGCCGCCGCCAUAGAUCAUCUUUAUCAGCUGAUAAAGCAAGCGACUAGUGAUCAUCAUCCAAACGGUCGCGUUCAGAUGCAGGGUUUUAAUUCAUCGAAGGUUGUUCUGAAGACUUUUCAGCUUAGUGGUGCAGCAAUCGAGAGGUUGAAGAAGAAAGUUUUCGGUGAUAGGAGAUCCUCUGCAGGUACGACGACGUUUUCGUGUUCGUCUUUUGAGUUGCUUGCUGCUCACUUAUGGAAGGCAAGAACAGAGGCCCUGGGUCUAAAGAAGGAAACAAUGGUGUGCCUACAAUUUGCCGUGGACACACGGAACAAGACAGUUCCGCCACUGCCAAAAGGCUUCUCCGGCAAUGCCUACGUGCUGGCCUCCGUAGCAAUCACCGUGGGUGAACUCGAGCAAGGUAGCUACAAAGCCAUUGUUGGCAAGAUAAAGGAAGCCAAGAACAGUGUAAAUAAUGAGUAUGUGAAGGCAUAUAUAGAGGCACUGGAAAGGCAAGAACAGGGCAGCCAGUCCCACCAGCUCCCUCCUCUAAGGGAACUAACCCUAGUUUCAGAUUGGACAAAAAUGGCUUUUCACAAAGUUGGUUUUAUAAACAGGGAAGCUGUUUAUGCUUCUCCUCUUUACCCUCCGGUUCCACAUGUCGCUUACUUCAUGCAAAGCCCCGUAGAUUCUGGUGGUGUUGAUGUCCAGAUUGGCUUGCUCCCGGAAUCUGUUACUAUUUUCUCUCGCUACUUCCUCAACUGUGACUGAUAAACUUUCGACAUUUCAUGGAGAUCUUGAGAUAUU